GAAUCAUUUGAUACAAUCCUUCUUGUGCCUAUAAUGGAAAUGACGAGGAAAGUUGAGUGAGUGGGGCAUCAACAGAUCGAACAAGUAAUUAAAAAAAAAAAAAGCGCUUGAUGGGUUUCUGGGAAGCUCAUUAGAACUUGCAAAAGAGAGAGAGAGAGAGAGAGAGCUGCCCUGGAUGCAGCCGAAGAAAAGUUGGGACUUGGGGAGUGGUAGAUCAGAGAGGAGUAGAACGAUGGAGCGAACGGCGAAUAGGAAACAAUUCAAUGAUUACUGAGUUACAACUCGCGUCAGCAGCAUAGUAAGCGAAGCUUUCGCAGCAAUUCAGAAAUCAAAAAGUGCGCGAAAACUCCUCGUCAGGCUGACGUCGUCAGCGAAGCUUUUGUAUGUACGCUGAAUACUAAAAUUAGAAGGAACCCAAAAAGAGUGAAGAAGCCAAGAAGGCGCGUUUGUUUGAUUUCGAUAGAGAAAGCAAUAGAGAGAGAGAGAGAGAGGAACUGGGCAUCGCUUUUUAUGAAAAAAGAAAGAACACGGAAGAAUGGGGCAAAAUCUCAGUAACUUCUUAGAUUCUAAACCUGUUAACAUCUUUUGAUUUCAUUAUAGAUUUGAAGUUUUAUGCAUCAUUUCAAGACAAUCGUAGAAGCCCAGGACUAGAACGAGAUGGGUAUGGCACCUGAGCUUGCAGAGAUAAUCAUAUCUCCACUGGUGAACACAAUGCGUGAGAAACUGGGGGCUCCUGAGCUUCGUGAUUUUGGGUCUUUCUGGGGUGUUGAAGAACAGCUGGGUAAUCUAUCGAGCACACUUGAUGGGAUCUCUGCAAUGCUCUGUUUCGUGGAGGAGAGUCAAAUAAGGAAUCCGCUGUUAAGAAUUUACCUUGGUGACCUGAAGAAGGUGAUUUUGUAUGCUAAUCUCAUGCUGGACGAGUUCAUCUAUGAAACUCUUGGACGGAGGCUUGAAGAUGAAAGGAAUCAGAACAGAGCAAGGAAAUUGGUACGUGACUUUUUGUCUUUCUCUUUCAAUGAAAACCGAAUGCUUCGUCGACAUGAGAUCCCUUGUGUCAUUAAUGAGAUUAGGGACAAACUAGCUCAGAUUCGGGAGAGCAUUGAACCCCAUUAUCUGAAGGUAGUUGAAAUUGAAGGAAGGGAACAUGAACUUGAAAGGAGACAAAGAACUAUUUCACUUCUAGACACUAGACAGAAGAGUAGUUCCUUAGUUGUUGAUUCUGAUGUUGUUGGUAGGUCAGAAGAUAAGAGUCUUUUAAUAAGUUUAUUGGCAUCCAGGAGAUACAGUGGAAGUAAAGUCCCUGUUGUUGCCAUAGUUGGGAUGGGGGGUCUUGGCAAGACCACUCUUUCCCAGAUUGUUUACAAUGAUCCAGAUGUGAAAAUGCAUUUUGAAUUAAGAGUCUGGGUUUGUGUACCUAAUGAAUUCAGGGUUGAAAGGUUAACAAAUGCGAUUAUGGAGUCAAUUACUCUGAAGCCUUGUCUCAUUUCACUGUUAGAGCCAAAUCAUGUUAAAUUACAGGAUUUGGUGAGAGGGAAGAAAAUUCUGCUUGUUUUGGAUGAUGCAUGGAAUGAAAACCGGAGUUAUUGGGAAGCCCUGUGGGCUCCAUUCCGAGUUGCAGCUGCUGGAAGCAGAGUUUUGGUGACCACUCGAAGUCAGAAAGUUGCAUCUGUCAUGGGUGCUGUGGAAAUCCUUCCUUUGAAACGUUUAUCAGAUGAAGAUUGCUGGUUGAUGUUCAAAAAGCAGGUGUUCGGUGAUGAAAACACUGAUGUACAUCCAAACUUGGAAGCAAUUGGCAGGAAAAUUGUAAGAAGGUGUGAAGGGUUGCCUUUGGCAGUAACGACACUUGGAGGGCUGCUACUGGCCAAAUUGGAUCAUCAGGAGUGGCAACAAGUAUUGGAAAGUAAGAUGUGGGAUUUAGAAGAAAACAUUAUGCCUGCACUUAGUUUGAGUUACCAUUAUCUCCCAGCACAUUUGAAACUUUGUUUUGCAUAUUGCUCUUUAUUUCCUAAAGGUUAUGAAUUUAGAAAGGCAAUUCUAGUACCACUUUGGAUGGCCGAAGGCUUUAUUCCAUCUAAACAGGUAGAAAGAAUGGAAGAGAUUGGUAGGGAAUACUUUGAUGAUUUGUUUCAUAGAUCUUUCUUUCAAUGCUUGAGAAAAAGUAUCUUUAUUGAGAGAGACUUCUCAACUAAAGUAGAAUCAGUAUUUGUGAUUCACGAAGUCAUGCAUGAUUUAGCACAAUCAGUUUCGAAGGGGAUGUGCUUUAGAAUCGAGCAUGAUGAACCAAAUUAUAUCUUUAAGAGGGCUGGCACUGCGUCGCUGCUGAUUCGAGACUUGAACAAGGACAUUGUAAAGAGUCCCUCUUCAUUUCUGUCAGUAAGAAGUCGAUCUCUUCUUGAGGACCAUGUGCCUUAUGAUGUAUCUGAAAGAUUUAAGUGCUUGCGUGUGCUGGAUUUGAGUAAUUCUAGCAUCAGAUGUUUGCCGGAUUCAAUUGGCUAUUCGAAGCAUCUGAGGUGCCUUAAUCUCUCUUGCACACGUAUUAGCAUGUUGCCUGAAUCAAUCUGUCAGCUUUACUUCUUGCAAACUCUGAUGCUUAAACAUUGUUCCGAACUUCAUGGGUUACCCAAAGGCAUGGGGAAUCUAAUUAACCUUCAAUACCUAGUAAUGGAUAAUGAAUUAUGGAAAAGCCACAGACCAGCAGGAAUCAGGAGAUUAACUUGUCUCAAAACCUUACCUCAUUAUGUUGUGAGCCAAGCUGAUGAUAACAAGAUAGGAGAGUUGAAGGAGUUGCAGCAUCUUGAGGGUUUGCUUUGGAUAUUGAGACUAGAGAAUGUGGCCACUGUUUGGGAAGCCAGGGAGGCCUGUUUGAAGAACAAGCGAAGACUUGAUCAGUUGGUUUUGGAGUGGAGCAAUGGUCCUAGAAAUCUACAGACUAGAGAAGACAGUGAGGCCAUACUUGAUGCCCUACAACCUCCUUUAGAACUGGAGUCUUUGACGAUCACGUGGUACCUUGGUUUAAGAUUUCCAGAUUGGUUGAUGAGGGAUUUGUCUAGUUUUAAUAAGCUAGUCUCUGUGAAACUCUCGUUCUGCACAAACUGCAAGUUCCUCCCACCUUUUGGGCAACUACCUGCGCUGGAGUCCCUCGAAAUAGUGGGGUUAAAUGAAGUGACUCAUUUGACUCGGGAGUUUUAUAUAGAUGGUCAGGCUAGUGGUGGUAAAAAUGGGUUUCAAAAGUUGAAGUUCUUAACAUUUGACCUUAUGUAUAGCUGGGAAGAAUGGUAUGGAGCAGAGGAUGGUGAAUUCCCUUGUCUUGAAGAGCUAACAAUGAGAAAAUGUUACAACCUGAGAAGACUACCUCCACUGCUUCCCUCCGUAAAAGUAGUGAAAAUAGAGUAUUGUCACUCUUUGACUACUUUCCCUAAACUUCCAUCAAUUUGCAGCAUCGAGUUACUAACAUUCAAGGAGGGGAUAUCAAAUUGGGUGAAUCAGUUCUCUUCCUUGUAUCCAGUGAGUGAAUAUAGUGUUCAACACUCAACAAACCUGUCCUUGGCAAUACUACGUCCUCUAGAGGAACGACUUCAAGCAGUUGCAAUUUCAGAAGAUGACGGUGAACUUCAGAAUCCACUUACUGGGUGCUGCCUACGAAUGAAAUCUACAAUACCGACUGGAAGUCUCACUUAUCCAAUGCUGGAAUAGCCUCAAUUACUUGCCGAUCAGGAGCUGCUCAUUUCAUGGUAAAGGAUUUUAUUUGAAGAUUGAGGAGAUCCGCCCAAAAUAGCACAUGCAAACUAGAUGUAUUUGAGCAGGUAAAGAAACACUCUCUUUCAGGUUGGUACUCUACAACUGGCAUAACUCAUUAACCAUUUGAUAGUUUUUGCAACCUUUCAUUCAUGUUUAGAGUAGAGUUCACAACUUUUCUUUCAUCCUGAGAUUUGACAAUAUCCAUUUGCUUGUCAAGGGUUUAUGGAGUAGACUGAAGCUCUGUGCUUGGCCUGUUGACAGUGUGCCAAAACCGCAGGAUAAAAUAAUUACAAUUUGGGGUAAACAGUCCACAAUCCUCACAGCAGAGGUUCAUUCUGCUAUGUCAAUCCCAGGAUAUAAGACUCUAAUCUUAUGUCUUACCCACCAGUCCAUGGUUCCCUGGCUGUGGAGCCAUCUCUUGUUGAAGAUAUCCCAUGAGCAGGAUAUGUGAAAUGAGUUGAAGUUAUGGAAAACUUAAAAUUGUAAAACAAUUUGCAAAAUUUAUCCUCUAUGAUGCACAAUAUGUUGAGAAUUUGCAGUUGCCUCUUACAGUGAUUUGGCAUCCAGUAAGCAUUCUAUUUUGGUAUUUUAUAAGAUCUUCUAAGGAAAUUAAUCGUGUUGAAUCAUUGCCAGAAUUUGGCUGGAAAUGGAUUCACUUUAUGAAAGCUAAAAUGACAUCGUCUUUUUUUUUUUUUUUUUUUUUUAUUAAUAUAUUAACAUACCAUUGGGACUUGACAUGUGUCAGCCUUGAACUAGGAUUUACAUGUUAAAUUGUUGUGGAAAACCGAUAUGAAAUGAUUGCAGGCAGCCUUGGAUGCUACCCCAAUAUGUAGACCUCUCAAUCAUUACUUGCAACUCGCCCCACCUUUUAUAAUCAUCUUAUAAAUUGCUCUUGUGCAGCACAGCUUAGUUCCCUUUAUCAAAGGGCUGUAACAAUGAUAAUCCAUUCCAUCUAUUGGAGAUGGGUUCUUUUGCUAGCACAAAGAGGAGUCAAGAAGCAAUUGUAAAAGGCCUUAGUCUCCUUAAAUGCAUGUAGG